UUCCUGUUUUUUCGCUUCCCUUUGCUAAUUAGUUUGGGCUCUUCGGCCCAAUAUUAUUUGGUGAAACAACAAAAUACGCAUACACUCUUCGUAAUCUCUUCGCUCCAAUCGAAGUAAGGUGCUCUCUCGAUCGCGUCAUUUUGAAAUGAAAAGGGCAGCCCAAUCCUUCCCAAUAUCUUCGGAUGAUUCGUCAGACUCAGAUUCUGAUGACAACACAAGCAUCAAACAUGGCGGCAAGACUCAGCUUCCUCAAUCGUCAAAGGAUUUUAUGUCGGAAGCAGCUAUUCCCAAAAAGAAGAAGCAUGGCGGCAUGGACUACGAAGCUUUAAGCAGGCAUGGGUAUCGAGGUGGACCGUCAGUCUUAAAAGUGCCCCCUCCAAGAGUUGAAGAGAAAGAACAAGACUGGUCCUGGUCAACAGGAAGAGAAAAUAAUGCUAAAGGAAACACAGCUGAGGAGUCUUAUGAAGAUCGUGAGCGCACUCGAGCUGCAUUGGCUCAAGCCGAGGAGAAGCUAAUAGGGGUACAAGCCAACUCGCAGGCGAGCAAGACAGACAAGAAGAACUUAUCCUUCUCGCAGAAGGAGAAGAGAAAGAGGGACCUUGGUCAGGCUAGCAGGGGAAAGAACUAUGUCGAAGAGGAGAAGAGGCUGUUGCGAGACAGUGGUAUCUAUUCUGGUUUUGAUUCUUGACAAUACUAAGAGUGUAUUACCUUGUAAUUUGUUUUUCUCUAAGGCUUGUGGAUUUUUUUUAAAAAAAAUCUUCUUGUUGUGUAAUUCAGUAGUAGGUAUGGUUUCUCUGUGUUUAGGAACUGAAAAUAUUUGGUGGCAUAUGUUUACCAAUGAGCAUAGGAUAUCUGCAUCUAGUUAUCUGUGCUGUGGAUCGAAGUACCUAAUAGAAAGGUUGUGGUGAUUAAAAAUGGGGCAGCUGGGAGUUGCUCUACUAAGUUGGUGGUUCGACUUCCCCGGAGUCGGUGUUGAAACAUUUGUAUUUGAGUGUGGCUUCUUCAAAUUGCGAAGAUAAUGCAAAGACUUUUUGCAGGAAAA